GUUAAUUAUCUAGAUAAAAAAAGGGGUGUUGAAAUGCUCUCCGAGGAGGCAGCACUAAUAUGAGCAGCAGGGACCUUUCGCUGUCACAGCACAGGCAGUCUGUUUUUGUUGAUACCGCCAGCAGCCGCUCACGAGGGAGACACUGAGAAAUUAAUGCGUAUUUAAACAGCAACACAAUCGUGUUGGAAAUACACUGAAGAAAAAUGCGAGGCCUUGGACACUUUAUUGCACUUUUAUUUUUUCCCAUGGCAUUUUGUGUGGAUUUCCAUGUGGAACCAGGAUCCUAUAAAGCGCACCGGGUGUAUGUAAAGUCUCCUGUAGCCGCCAGAAGUCUGAUCGGGACGGGAUCGGAUGCAGAUAUUUCGCGGAUUCACAGUCACAUCCAGAAAAGAAGCGCUGAUGAAUUAGACUCCUGUAAUGGUUUAAAGGAAUAUGAAACCAAGUUAACUAGCAACACACACAACUGGACUUUUAAAGAUAUCAGUGGAUCCGUGUCUCUGGCCUGGGUGGGGGACGGAACUGGGGUAGUACUAGCCCUGACAACAUUUCAGGUGCCAUUAGUCUUCCUGCGAUUUGGUCAGUCUAAACUGUAUAGGAGUGAAAACUAUGGAAAGUCAUUUGAGGAUGUCACAGAACUCAUCAACAACACCUUCAUCAGCACUGACUUUGGGAUCGCUAUUGGUCCGGAAAACUCUGGCAAGGUGAUCCUCACAGGAGAUGCUUCUGGAGGCACUGGUGCCAGAAUUUUCCGUUCAAAAGACUUUGCCAAGAGUUUCAUCCACACAGAACUGCCCUUCCAGCCUCUAAUGCAGAUAAUGUACAACCCUCAAAACUCUGAUGUGCUUGCAGUCAUCAGCAUCAAGAAUGAUCUCUGGAUCUCUAAAGAUUUUGGUACAACAUGGACGAAAAUUCAUGAGAUGGUGUGUGUGGUGAAAUGGGGAAUGGAUACUCUAUUCUUCUCCGUCAACCUUAAUGGAUCCUGCAUUGAUAAAGGAACGCUGGUGCUGAGGAAGUCAGUUGAUCUUAGUGUUAACUUUAAAACAGUCGCCGAGAGAAUCUACUCCUUUGGGAUUGGUGGACGCUUCCUGUUUGCUUCAGUUAUGGCUGGAUCAGGAAACAUUAUGCCGUCAGCAUCAGAGGACAUUUUACGUGCAAUACAUGUGUCGGUAGACCAAGGUGAGACAUGGAACAUGGCGCAACUUCCUCCUGUCAGUCAUGAGCAGUUUUACUCAAUACUUGCAGCCAAUGAUGAAAUGGUCUUCAUGCAUGUGGAUGAACCAGGAGACGAGGGGAUUGGCACCAUCUAUGUGUCAGAUGACAGAGGCACUGUGUAUUCCAAGUCUCUAGAACGCCAUCUGUAUACGACUCCAGGGGGUGAGACAGACUUCACGAAUGUCACUUCCCUAAGAGGAGUCUUCACUACCAGCGUGCUGAAUGAGGACAACUCGGUACAGACAGUAAUAUCAUUUGAUCAGGGAGGUGAAUGGGUUCCUUUGAAGAAACCUGAGAACAGCAAGUGUGAUUCUACGGCCAAAGAUAAAGAAAUGUGUAGUCUGCAUAUUCAUGCCUCAUAUAGCACCUCCAUGAAGCUGAAUGUUCCCAUGCUGCCUCUGAGUGAACCCAAUGCUGUCGGACUCAUCUUGGCUCAUGGCAGCGUGGGUGACUCAAUCUCAAUGUUGACACCUGAUGUGUAUGUGUCUGAUGAUGGAGGCUACACCUGGCAGCAGGCUCUGAAGGGGCCGCAUUACUAUGCUAUCCUGGAUUCAGGAGGCCUGCUGGUGGCCGUGGAGCACAACGAGCAAAACCCAUCCAAACUCAUCUCUGAGAUUAAGUUCUCCACCGAUGAGGGGCAAUGCUGGCAUGUUUAUAAGUUCACCCAGACGCCGAUGUACUUCACAGGGCUGGCCUCAGAGCCUGGUGCCCGCUCAGUGAAUGUCAGUCUCUGGGGUUAUGAAGAUGCUUUGAUCAGCCACUGGGUAACUUACACCAUUGACUUUAGAGACCUGCUGACACGUGACUGCACAGAAAGUGAUUAUGUCCAGUGGCUGGCUCACUCUGAUGACAUCAGCGACCCGGAAGAUGGUUGCAUGCUGGGUUAUAAGGAAAAAUUCCUGCGUGUGAGAAAGGACUCUGUGUGUUGGAUUGGCAGGGAUUACAUAGUCACCAAACAGCCCACACCAUGCAGCUGCACACUGGAUGACUUCCUGUGUGACUUUGGAUACUACCGUAAAGAGAACAGCUCAGAAUGUGUUGAGCAGGCUGAGCUCAAAGGCCACGAUCUUGAGAUCUGCAUCCACGGGAGAGAGGAACAGCUACAGACCAGUGGGUACAGAAAGAUUCCAGGUGAUAAAUGUGAGGGAGGAAAACAACCAGGAAGAAAAGUGAUUGACAUGAGCAAGAGAUGUGUCAGCAACCUGCUGGCGGACCCUCAGCUGCUGACAGAAAAAUCUACCUCACAUACCGCCCCCAUCAUUGCGAUCGUCAUAGCCAUCCUGCUGACCGGUGCAGUGUUUGGGGUUCUGUUUGUAAAGAAGUAUGUCUGUGGCGGAAGGUUCCUGGUACAUAGAUACUCAGUCUUACAACAUAAUGCGGAAGCCAACGCCGUAGAUGAACCACUGGACACAGAUGUGGCUGGAGCACCUAAGAUUGAUUUCCAUGAUGACUCAGAUGAGGACCUACUGGAGUAAAGCUGUGCAUUAGGUGAGCACAAGGAGCUACAUAUCCUGUCAUUCAGGCAUUACUGCUGCUGUCUCUCCUCUCUCUAAAGCACAAACCAGCUGUCAGCUUUCUCAAACUUAAUCUACCAGCUAAUGUCACGUGCUUCCUUCUUCUUGACCAAUGGGAGGGAACCUGGUUGCUUCUCCACCAAUAGGAGGGUAUUCUGAUGAUGCUGUUCUCAUGAUAGAAUAGUCUUGUGAAUGUAACUGCUGAAAUUCUCUAAAGCAGAGAAAAAGUGUUUAUAAGCUGUUUGUGGAAGUUUCAGUUCUUUCUUUUGAAAUUGGGGUCUUCUGGGCAGGAUUUUAAGGAUGAGACUGUCACGGGAGUACUUGUAAAAUACUUGCUUUUCUUUUGAUGUCCAGAUGCUCUUACGUCAGAACUAGAGGUAUAUUAGUAUUUCAGCA